CCAAUCUCGCAGCACCAAGCCACCAACCACAGCUAAGCCUACUUACCAUCCAAUCCUUCUCUGAAGCAAAAGAGCAAGCCAGGGCCAACCAGUCGUAUCUUUCUCGGCUGGGCACGUAUUGUAUAAUUUUUCCACAGUCACUCCCUUCAAUCUUCCUCUCACCAAUGGAUCUUCUUCACUUUUCCACCGUCCUAUGCUUUCCCCAUCGUCUUUCUUCCCCUGCACCUCGUUGUAGACGAUUCUUCCCUGUAAGGUCGAGCCUUCCAUUUCCAAUUCACGAGGCCAAGUACCACAGAGAGCUCGAAGCUGCAGUGAAUGUCGUGGAGAAGGCUUGUAGACUUUGUGUCGACGUGAAAAGGUCUCUCUUCUCUAGCGAAGGACGGAUACUUGAAAAGAAUGACCAGACCCCGGUUACAAUUGCUGAUUUUGGAGUGCAGGCUCUAGUUAGCUUAGAGCUGAGUAAACUGUUCCCUUCUAUUCCCUUGGUUGCUGAAGAGGAUUCUAGCUUUUUACGCUCAAAUAAUCUGGUGGAAUCUGUGGUAAGUGUGGUUACUGAUAAAGCAAGCUGCAAUGAUAAACCAUUGAAACAUGCUGAUGUUCUGGAAGCAAUUGACAGAGGAGGGAAUAAUGCAAUUGUUUAUGGAACAAAGCCUGCCACCUACUGGGUAUUAGAUCCAAUUGAUGGCACUAGAGGUUUUGUCAGAGGAAAUGAGGCCCUAUAUGUGGUAGGUUUGGCCCUUAUCGUUGAAGGAGAGAUUGCACUAGGUGUUAUGGGCUGCCCUAACUGGCCGGUGGAUGUUUCCUACAAAUCCACUGCUGAGGUCCAGGAAUUUGAAAACAUGCAGUCAUCGGGGAUCCUUAUGGUGGCUCAUGUUGGCUGUGGGACGUGGACAAAGAGGCUAUCUCAUAUGCCGGGUAGAUCAGCCAGAGUUUCUGAUGAUUGGAAUAGAUGCAUGGUUGAUGGAUGUCGCCUUGUGCCUGAAGCACGCUUUUGUAUUCCAGAGAGUCAAACAUGGGAGUCAUUGCCACUUUCAGCUUCAUUCAAUGCAACAAACAGUGCUGGCAGUAUUGGCGAGAAAGAAGUUCUUCUUUUGUCAGCAUGUUGUGGAAGUUUAUGCAAGUAUCUGAUGGUGGCAUGUGGUAGGGCAUCAGUAUUCAUUCUUCGUGCUAGAACUCAAACAAUCAUCAAGGCUUGGGAUCAUGCUGCUGGUGUAAUGUGUGUGCAUGAAGCAGGGGGAAAGGUGACUGACUGGAAAGGGAACCAACUUGAUUUUGCAGCAGAUCAAGUUGAACGAAGGAUAAUAUUUCCAUCCGGCGGUGUUCUUGUAUCAAAUGGAAACAUACAUAAUCAGAUACUGGAAAUUAUUUAUUCCAGUCCAUCGAUUGUUUGAUAGCAAAUUAUAUAUAAGCUUGGCAUUUUUUCCUUUGGCGAGAGAGAGAGAGAGAGAGAAAGAGAGGUGUUUUUAGACAUUCUGCAACUUCAUUUAUGAGUUUGGGAAAUGAUAUGCAUAAUUGGAUGAAAAUCAUAUGAAUUUCAAAGGAUGAUCAAAGACAUGUUUAUUCAAGUAUUAAAAACCUCAUACAAAUUAGUUGACAAUUCUUCAUCUUAAGAAAGAUCCUGAAUUGCAUUUAACGUGUUUUUAUUUAAAAGU